GGACGCUAGCUUUUUUGCUGAUUCGAAACCGCUGUUUUUGCAGCCAUUUCUCACGUAAACUUGUAAUUUGCGCGUCGAACCCACCAAGAGUCUUGCUCAGCCAAUCUUAAAGUUUAAAAAAACGCCGCUUCCUACGCAUAGGAGGCCAAAUACUGAGGCACUCAGAAGCUGCAGCCAAGAACGAGCGGCGCCGGAGACCGGAACGAUGCUCCAAACCAAGCGCCAGGCCCUCGUCGCCGCCGGCGCGAUAUCCACGCUUUUAGUAGCGCGCGAGAUCCUGCGGCGCGUCGGCCGGCGCCUCGUCGAGGCCGUCGACCCCGUCGCGCCGGCGGCGGCCGAGGCGCGGGCGCUGCUCGAGCCGCCGUUGACGUGCGAGGACGUCGAGGCCUUCGUCCGCGAGACGAAGCCGACGACGGAGGGCGCGGCGAAGAGCGUGACCUGGGCGACGCGGGGCCUCCGGCGGCCGACGGAGUUCGCGGUCGUGUACAUCCACGGCUGGGCCGCGUGCCGCCAGGAGAUCGCGCCGACGCCGCAGCUGCUCGCGCGGGCGCUGGGCGCGAACCUGUACUGCCACCGCCUCUCGGGCCACGGCCGGCGGCGGGAGGAGAGCGCGCCGGCGUCGUCGCCGGACGGCGACAUUUUAUUAAGGGAGGCGACGCCCGGGCGCCUGUUCCGGGACGCGCUCGAGGCGCUGCGCGUCGGGCGGGCCCUCGGCGACCGCGUCAUUUUGGUGGGCGUGUCCACGGGCGCGGCGCUCUGCACGUGGCUCGCGGCGACGCAGGCCGGCGACGACGUCGCCGCGCUGGUCCUCGUGAGCCCGUGCUUCGGUCUGGGCCAUCCGCUCUACCCGCUCCUGAAAAUUCCCUUCGCGGCGCUGCGGCUGCUGCCCGCGGUUCUAUGUAGGCCGCUCCGGGCCGCGGCGAUCGCGCUGCUGCUGGGGCGGACGAAGCGCGUCUUCCAGCGCGGCGCCGAGCACGCGCGCUUCAACGCGCUCGUCUACCCGCAAGCGGCGCUGCUCCACCUGCUGGACGUGCUGUUCUCGCUCGAGCGCGUCGACGUCGCGCGCGUCGCCGCGCCGACGUUCGUGGCGCUCAACGAGCGCGACCCCGUCAUCGACGUGGCGCGGGCCGCGGCGCUCUUCCACCGCCUCGGCUGCGGCAGCAAGCAGUUCUUCUGCUGCCCCGUCGACGAGCCCGACGGCGGCGACCCGCACGUGCUCGCGUCGCAGAUGCUCUCGCCGGCGUCCGUCGACGCGAUCGCGGACGCGGCCAUCCUCUUCGUCCGCGCGCACCUGGGCCGGGGCCACGGCCUCGAGCGGCGCCGGAGCGGCGCCGAGCUGCGGCGCGGCGCGUCGUACGGGCCCUUUGGGAGCUUCACGGGGCUCGACGGCCUGACGCGGCCGUUUCCGUUCUAGUAGUUUACGUGAUUGUGCAUAAGGUUACUAAAGUUA